UAAAGUUAGUGAUAUUUUAAAAGUAUACAAUAUGAGAGAUUACAAAUUUUGAAACGUUACAAACUAUUCGCAAACGCCACGUCUAGUCUUUGCAUUCUUUCAUAAAAUUUUGUGUCAAUAAUAAAGACUUAAGUUAUCUCAUUGUUUCAGUUUUUUAAAAUCUUCAGAAAAGAGAAUAUCAGGACUAAAUUCCAACCGCAUAGGUUCAUAAUUGAACAAAGUAUCAUCAUCAACAUUAACAAUGAUCAGAAAAGCAUUCAUCUGCCUGCUAAUUUCACUUGUUUAUAGCCAAAAUUGUAAGCUUGAUGUAACUCGAUUGUCACACUUGGAAAAGAAUCUUAAAUUAAAUACGCAGAAAAUUUUGGAAAAGAAGAUUGGAGAGGAAAAUGCGGCCCUUUUCAUGGGAACUGCAAGAGCUGGCAAAAGCACCCUAAUUAAUUACAUAAUUAACAAUAAAUUGAAAGCUACAAAAAAGAAUCAAUUUGAACCAAUAUUAAUUGAAAAAGCAGACAAAAAAUCCUCAGGACCGCAAAUUGGUCGUGGAUCAAAAUCAAAAACUACAAUUCCUUCAAAAUGGAAAUCGCCAAAGUUGCCCAAGUUGGUCCUGUGGGAUACACCUGGAUUUGACGACAACAGAGGAAACGAACAGGACAUCACUAAUUCGUACUAUAUUAAAUUUUUGAUUGAUAACCUUCAGUCUCUAAAAUUUAUCGUUGUAAUUGACUUUGACGAUCUUAAAAACGAUUCUCCAAAUCCAUUUUUCACACUUUUGAGACAUCUUGAAGACAUUUUCCAAAAAGAUUUCCAAAACAUAUUUUCAAGCAUAUCAGUGAUUUUUGCAAAGGCCCCUGAGAUUUGGAAUAAUUAUACAGUCGAUCAUGAAUUCAUAAAGGAGAAAUUAAAAAUGCAGUUUCUAUCAAGCUCUCAAAUGGAAUUGUCCGAAAAGAAAAAAAAAUUUAUACUGUAUUUAAUAGAUAAUGUCAAUCAUACUGGCAUCUUUAGGAGAGCGAUGAGAAUAGGUGAGGUUACAUCUGAUGUUGACUAUAAUAUCUUUCCGGCUAUUAGAAAUUCUGUGAGUUUACAAAGAACUUUUCUUCAGCAUUUAAAAGUAAGUGUUUCAGAUGCAUCAAAUCUCUGCCUGCAGAAUAUCGCUUCCGAACUGAAGACAAUGAUCAGAGUAUCAAUGUACAAUUUAUUGAAUGCUAUGUUGCAAGUAGUCACUACAAUGAAAAAAAAUGAUUUAAUUGCUAUAAAGAAUGAAUCGUACGCAAAUUAUAUACGAACCUUCCAAAAAAAGGUAAUUGUCAUUAAAGAAGAAUUAUCAUUGUCAGGAAAUCAUACAAGAACUUUAUACUCGACAGUUGAAGCAAUAAGCCUUAUGGAUAAUAAAUUUAAAUUGAUAAUUGAUGAAAAUAACAUUUUAGAGAAAAUUAAAAUAUUGGCAUUUAUUGAUGAUUUACUACAUACACAAGUUAUUGAAGACUUAGAACAUUAUUUGUUUGAUAUUUUAAAAUGGCUUCAUGAAUCAGUUAAUGAGACGAUUUCGGAUGUGGAUCGAAUGAUAAGUGAUGCAAAGAAAGAAAAUAAUAAACUGGAUAAUAAAGAUUUAAAGUUGACACAUACCGAAAAAGAAAUCUCUUAUUCAAAGUGGGAUGCUAUAAUUGGAGCUUUUCAGAUUUUCAUAGGAAAGAAAAGUUUAGGAGACAUCACGAACCUGCACAUCACAUAAUAAGCUAAAUAAUAAUAAUAAUGACAUUUAGCAUUUAGAUUGUGAUUCCAUGUUGAAGUCAAAAACACAUUUUGUCUUUAAAAUUAUUUAUUUAUUUAUUAACUUUGACGAUGCUAAUGAAAAUGUAUAAACAAAAAUACUUGCUUUUGUUGUUAGCACUAACAAUUAUUUGUCACGUCAAAAACCAUUUAACAGAAAUUUCAUUUGACAUAAAAAUAUCAGCGCGAAAUUAAAUAAAGGUUUGUUUUCAACAAACUGUUCUUCUUAAUUUACUGAAAUAAAUGUUCAC